AUGACGAUUGGAAAUCAAACUUUGUUCAGAAGGAAGUUGGCGAGAACUUCAGUCUACAAUGUUCCGACGAUUCAAGUUGGAUGUUUCCGACAAACUCAAACACGAAAGUUGCUCGUUUUGAAAGCUCAGAGGAUCAAUCCUACACCUUCAAAAUCUCACAGUCACCGAUACUGGAUAUUAUGGCUGUCGGGGUGUCAAUUUUAUGGGUGUUCCCCGGAGGAAGUGUAUCUUUUCGUUAAAGGGCCUAAAACGUUUUUGCAAAGCAAUGAUCGUUUUCUCGUUUUCUCAAUUGAGCAGCUUACUCACAAUAUUACGAUCCCAUGCCGAACAACAGUAAUGAUUACCGAAGCAAAAGUGAGACUUUUUGUCAACGAUGUGGAAUGGCGCGAAUGGUGCAGGCUUAACUCAGUUGUUGCAAAUUGCUUAGAACUUCGCUACGAUGCGAGAGUUGGUUUUAUGCUCCCGGCUGAGAGUUUUUUCAUGGACAAUCUUGAUUGGAUAAAUCAGAAUCGCUUUAAGUGUGAAUACGAAAAGGAGGAAACUGAAUUUCUUGUGCAGGUCACUCAACAAAUGAGCCUUGAUCAUCCAGUUGGUAUUGACAAGUUGAACUGUACACUAAAUGGCAAAUAUACUUUAUUCAUGGACAGUUACGGGAGUCGGCUGAACGUAUCGUGUCCGGAAUGUCAUCUAAAUAUGUCUCUACGGAUUUUUGGGCUAUUUCACGAUGAGAGGUUUUUGGAAAAAAUAGCUCUUUUGAAAAGACUGCCGACGAAUCAUAUGCAACACUUUUGUGAUUGGUUAGAAGCUUUGGUCAAUGGAGGCAAUGAUCACGAGUUCCCCUUUGAAGUCAUCCCAAAAGACACGCAAGAGACAGUUUUUCUAAAUUUUUUGGAAGGGCCAACAAUAUCCGAUAUCGUUAGAUACUUUACUCCUAUUUCUAUUAUACUUAUUGCAUUCCUCUUGUGUUGUGCUCUGCUAUUGAUAUCUCUCUGUGGAUAUAUAUACUGUCCACGAAAGAGGACCGCCGGGGCAAGUGAUUUCACCGAGUUGACUCGCCUCACCGUCAGUGGUGCAACGGAAGGUGAUGUUGGCGACGGAAGAUGGGAUUCAGAAGAAGAGGAUCCGAACAUGGCAAAACAUUGGAGAGGGAAGCUCAAGGCUGCAUCAAUCAAAAGUAAAGUGCCUGGCGAUCUUCAAGACUUUCAUGAGAUUCUCUCCUCAAUUUCCAUCAACUUCAACUGCAAAAUU